AGCUACCUAAAAACCAAGUUAUAUGGACUCACAUGUCUAUAUAUACAUCAACUACCAAAGAACCACAGAUUUAAUAGGAGCAAGAAAAGAGAGAGAGAAGAAGAGAGAAUGGAGGAGGAGAACGAGCAGGAGCAGUCCCUGAUCCACAUCAGCCACCUGCACCCUCUCUACCUGACCGACGUUCAACCGCAGGAUCACCAGCUGUGCCACGCCUGCCGGCUGCGGUGCGGCGGCCGGGCCUACCGAUGCGCUCCCUGCGGCUACUCCCUCCACGCCGCCUGCGCGCGCCUCCGCCGCACCCUCCGCCACCCCGCGCACCCGGCCCACCCCCUCGCCCUCCUCCUAACCCCCCCCUACCCCGACGGCACCUUCGCAUGCGACGCCUGCCGUCGAAGCAGCACCGCCUUCACCCUCCACUGCUCCCGCUGCCGCUUCGACCUCCACCUGCCGUGCGCGGCCAUGCCGCAAACCCUGACGCACCGCUCGCACCCCCAACACCCCCUCGCCCUCGUCCACGGCGGCUCCGGGCCGGCCGGCUACGUCUGCGAUCUGUGCCGCGCGGGGUGCGACGUCUCGCGCUGGUUCUACGCCUGCGCCGCCUGCGACUUCGGCGGCCACGUCGGGUGCUUCGCCGCGGAGUCGCUGCCGAAGGAGCUGUACGAGCUGCACCAGCAAGCGGAUCAGGAAAUGCAGGAUGCGAGCUCCCUGGCUUCGCUGCAGCUGCAGCAGCAAGCGCUGCAGCAGCGGCAGCAGGCGAGCGACGCGAUGGCGAGGAUCAGGCGCACCGCCGGACAGAACGCCGUGAUGCUCACGGCGGAUCCUAAUCAGUACGUUUGGAGGUGGAGAUGAAGCAAACUGUAAUUCUAAAGCCAGUAGCAAAGAAUUUGAUAGUUGGUACCAAGAUCCUAAGCGCUGUAUUUCAUUUAAGAGGCCAGUUUUAAGUUUACACUCCACUUUGGAUUGGAAGCCUAAAGCAAUUCCUAUUUAAUAAUUAUCUCUUCUUUCCUAUUAUUAUUAUUAUUAUUAUUGUUUAAAAUAAAAUAGAGUUUAUAAAUUCUUAGAACUUUUUGGAUGAAAAAUUGUAAGGAUUAUAAUCUCCUUUUAGUUA